AGGCUUUUCUCAACAAAAUUUAUCACUUUAAAUACCACAUCCCUCUCUGCUUUUCUUCACCCAAAGCCAUUCUUUAUCUUCUCUCUUACUGCAAAACUCUCAAAGCAAUCUCUCUCUCUCUCUCUCUCUCUCUGGUUGCUACCUCACUAUCACCUUCAGCAUUCAUUCUCUGCAUUUUUUUUUUUUUUUAAGUUUUUCCGUGUUCCUAUUUUCUACAAUGGCUGAAAUGAAAGAUACCCACAUUGUAGAAAUCCCAGUAGACGCAGAGCACCAGCAGAAAAUGCAGUGUGCCAUGGAUUCCAUCUCUACUGCAAUCCAACACCACCCAUUAAUGGAAAUCUCCGGUAGCCCCGGCCAUCUUUUGCUUCUCAAACUCUGGCAAAGAGAAGAAGAUCUUUUCGGCCGCCGCAUUGCUCUUAAAGAAACCAGAAUGGGAUCCAUCAAACAGGAGAUCUUCCAACUAUGCUGUUUCUUCUUGCUCUUUCAUGGUUUUUUCUUAACCAUGCUGUUUACCUCUUCGGUUCAACCCGAAAACCAAGAUCACCAUGUUUGUAAGAAAUGGUGGAUUCCGAGUCUUUUAUCAAUUGCAACCUCGUUUGUCUUUGUGGUGUUGGUCCAGAUCAAGCUCUGUGGGUACUGGAAAGUUUGGAAACAGUUGCAAAGGGAAAAAAGUGAUAACAGAGCUCUUACAAGGUGUAUUCAGGAGUUGAGGAUGAAAGGGGCAAGCUUUGAUCUUUCUAAGGAGCCUCAGAGUGGGAAGAGGAUGAAAAGCUCCAGCGUUGAGAUCACAUGGAAGCCUCUCACUUUGUGCUCUCAGUAUCUGAUCACCCUUUGUCUUGUUUGUUUUUCAGGUUUGGUCUUCCCUGCUUCCAAACUCAUACUCUGUGGGUUCUGAGCUUUUUGUUCCGUUACUUUCAGUUUCAAGAUCUUAUAUUCAAAGGGUAUCAAAGAGGAUGUGAUUUGGGAAGAUCACCGAAGAAGUAUAGAGAGUCAUAGCCAGAACGAAGUUAUUAAUCGGUGUCGAUGCACAAAAAUUUGUUGAGAUUUACAUGAUGACACCAGAACGAAGUUAUUAAUCGGUGUCGAUGCACAAAAAUUUGUUGAGAUUUACAUGAUGACAAUGAGGCGGUACAAGAAGAGUCAGCGAAUUGCAAAAAUUUGGAAGCUUUCAUUGCUUCUUUUUACGAGAGGGAAUGAAGCAUACUUGGUCCGAUAGCCAGUGUCCCAGUUGGAGGAAAGAUUUGAGUCAUUUUUUCUGCAUCUGGACCGUGUCACCAAUGCUGAGGGUUUCAGAUUUGGCCCCC